UCUGGGCCCGGUCCCAGGUCCCCGGCCCCGGUGUCCGGGCCGGCGGGUGUCCCCUCACCAUGCCUGGCAAGCACCAGCAUUUCCAGGAACCAGAGGUCGGCUGCUGCGGGAAAUACUUCCUGUUUGGCUUCAACAUUGUCUUCUGGGUGCUGGGAGGCCUGUUCCUAGCCAUUGGCCUCUGGGCCUGGAGUGAGAAGGGUGUUCUCUCCAACAUCUCAGCACUGACAGAUCUUGGAGGCCUCGACCCUGUGUGGCUCUUUGUGGUGGUUGGAGGCGUCAUGUCAGUGCUGGGCUUUGCUGGUUGUAUUGGUGCCCUCCGGGAGAACACCUUCCUGCUUAAGUUUUUCUCCGUGUUCCUUGGCCUCAUCUUCUUCCUGGAGCUGGCGACAGGGAUCCUGGCCUUUGUCUUCAAGGACUGGAUUCGAGACCAGCUCAACCUCUUCAUCAACAACAACGUCAAGGCCUACCGGGAUGACAUUGACCUCCAGAACCUCAUUGACUUUGCUCAGGAAUAUUGGUCUUGCUGUGGAGCCCGUGGGCCCAACGACUGGAACCUCAAUAUCUACUUCAACUGCACUGACUUAAACCCCAGCCGGGAGCGCUGUGGGGUGCCCUUCUCCUGCUGCGUCAGGGACCCUGUGGAAGAUGUCCUUAACACCCAGUGUGGCUAUGAUGUCCGGCUCAAGCUGGAGCUGGAGCAGCAGGGCUUCAUCCACACCAAAGGCUGUGUGGGCCAGUUUGAGAAGUGGCUGCAGGACAACCUGAUUGUUGUGGCCGGGGUCUUCGUGGGCAUCGCCCUACUUCAGAUCUUUGGCAUCUGCCUGGCCCAGAACCUCGUGAGUGACAUCAAGGCAGUGAAGGCCAACUGGAUCAAACAUGAUGAUGGCUACAAACUACUCAAAUAAACAAAACUUUGAAAACCACUGGCUUAUGCCCACCAUCUUAGAGGUUCUGUCAGCUGCAAGGCCUCGACAGAGCUCUCCAGCCAGGGCUGCUGGCCCAGACCCACCCUCCCAGCAAAGCUUCUAUGGCCUGGGUAGUUUAUACAUUUGAGACAACCUUUUUUCACAUAAAAAUCAAGAUGCCCUGCUUCUCUUGAAGAAUGACCAUCUGGCCACACCAGCUCUUCAGUGGCAUUGUCACCUGGGACAUAAGCUUCUGUGGUCACUGAGGCCCCGUUCUGGGCCUGUUCUCACCUAAGUGCCCUGCCUGACCUCCGUAGGCUGGGAGUUGGCCUCCCUCCACCUCUUCGGAUUAUUGCUUGCAAAUACCACAGACUGCUGUGGCCAAGACUGAAGCGAGGCCCAGGGAUAUGAAGAAUGGGGAGAUUGGACCUCAUCCUGAUGGGGGGCUGCCCGGAGAAGGGAUCAAGCCCUGCUGGGGACUGAGGUGGGUGCCGCAACGCCCAGGAAGGUGGUUGAGUGGUAGAUGGAGACCAGGAAGAUUUUGCAAAUGAAGUAGCUGGAAUCCGAGGGUGCAGCACCUAGAGGGUUGAAAGGAACGUGUUUUGGGGCCAUGGGUGAUGGUCCUUAACAGUGAUGGCAAACCUUUUAGAGCUUUCAAUAAUAACAAACAUCUGGCUGCGGCAUGUGUGCCAUAGUUUCGCCACCUCUGGUUUUUACUAGGCACGGAUGAACUCAAGUUGAGAAAUGUUCCCGUGGCUUGCAGAGCUGCCUCGCGGCCACCAGAGGUUGCACCAGCACAGCAUUUCCUGGGUUUGGCUGUUUUCUUCCCCAGCCUCAUCUUCAUCCCAGCAGAGCAAGGUCUGCCCUUCUUUCUAGUGCUGUAGAUCCUGCCACAUUUGAAAACUUGGAGCAGAAUAGCUCAGGCUUGGGAAGUUUGCUUCUCAGCUGUAUGCUGUCACAGAUGUAUUCUGAAGGGGUGUGUGGAGUGGACCCACCUCAGCCCUCUGGGCCUGCUGAAGAAAGGAAGGAGUGGGCUCCCGAGGUCUCAGAUCCCUCAGGGCCCAGCAGGUUUUUGCUGAAUGAAGUUGGCCUUAGAGAGCUGAGGCCUGCUUCCCUUUGACAACCGCUGUUGAUGCAGACGGCACACAGAAAGCAGUUGCUACCGUCCAAUCGAUAGUGGCCUUAGAGAACAGUAGGGUGUGGCAGUGGCAGGGACUGGCAAAACACCAAUCUGCAUCUGCAGGUGCUGGCUGCUGUUCCACCUUAGCCAAUUGCUGUUACCUGGGAAUGCAGGUCUGAUGUCAGAAAUUUAAGAAGCCAGAAGUUUAGAUUUUGUUGUGAGGUAUCUGAGCCUGGCAACUUAAUUUUUAAAAUCUGCAAGCUAAACAAAAA